AUGGACGUGGUAGCCGGUGCCAUGGGAAGGCUGCUCCCCAAACUGGGUGAGCUGCUCAUGGAGGAGUACAACUUGAACAAGCGUGUCAAGAAAGACAUCGAGUUCCUACGUAAGGAGCUUGAGAGCAUGCAUGUUGCCCUCGUCAAGGUUGGUGAGGUACCGCGGGACCAGCUCGACAAACAAGUCAAGCUCUGGGCCGAUGAGGUCAGGGAUCUCUCCUACGACAUGGAGGAUGUGGUUGACAAGUUCCUUGUACGCAUUCACGGGAUUGCACCCCAUGACAACACCAAGAGAUUCAAGGGUGUCAUGAGGAAGAUGAUCGGCUUGUUCAAGAAAGGCAAGAAUCACCAUCUAAUCGCUCACGCCAUCAAGGACAUCAAGGAGCAACUCCAGGAGGUGGCUGCUAGGCGUGACAGGAACAAGGUCGAUGCUAUUGCUCCUAGUCCCGCAAUUGCUAUUGAUCCUCGUCUUAGGGCUAUGUACACAGAAGAGACAGAGCUUGUUGGCAUCUAUGGGAAGAAGGAUCAGGACCUCUUAAGGUUGCUCUGCAUGGACAACGAUGACACAUCUAAUAAGAGACUGAAGAAGAUCUCCAUUGUUGGAUUUGGAGGAUUGGGCAAGACCACUCUUGCUAGAGCAGUAUACGAGAAGAUCAAAGUUCGUUUUGAUUGUCGAACAUUUGUCCCUGUCGGUCGAAACCCUGACAUCAAGAAGGUUUUUAGGGAUAUUCUUAUUGAUCUUGGCAACUCUAGCUCAGAUCUUGCCAUAUUGGAUGAAAGACAACUUAUCAACAAGCUUCGUGAAGUCCUGGAGAACAAGAGGUACCUCGUCAUAAUUGACGAUAUAUGGGAUGAAAACUUGUGGAAAGACAUCAAUGUUGCUUUCUCUAACACGAACAAUCUAGGCAGUCGGCUAAUCACCACAACCCGCAUUUUCAAUGUCUCCAAAUCUUGUUGCUCGUCGGCUGAUGAUUCAGUUUAUGAAAUAAAACCUCUCUCUACUAUUGAUUCCAGAAGGCUCUUCCAUAAAAGAAUAUUUCCAGGAGAGAAUGGAUGUCCAAAUGAAUUUGAACAAGUGUCUAAAGAUAUUUUGAAGAAAUGUGGUGUGGUACCACUAGCCAUAAUUACUAUAGCUAGUGCUUUGGUUGGUGACCAAAAGGUGAAACCAAAGCGUGAGUGGGAUAUUCUACUCCAAUCUCUUGGCUCUGGACUAACAGAAGAUAACAGUUUAGCGGACAUGCGGAGAAUACUAUCUUUCAGCUAUUAUGAUCUACCUUCGCAUCUUAAAACGUGUCUAUUGUACCUAUGUAUAUAUCCAGAAGAUAGGAAGAUUGAUAGAGAUACACUAAUAUGGAAGUGGGUGGCCGAAGGAUUUGUCCACCGUGGAAAGCAAGGGACUAGCAUGUUUUUGCUUGGAUUAAAUUACUUCAAUCAGCUCAUUAAUAGAAGUAUGAUCCUGCCAAUAUAUAAUAUUAUAGGCCAGAUAUAUGCUUGUCAUGUACACGAUAUGGUUCUAGACCUUAUCUGCAACUUGUCAUAUGAAGCAAAGUUUCUUAAUGUAUUGGAUGGCACUGGGAAUAGCAUGUCUUCACAAAGUAAUGUUCGUCGUUUGUCCCUUCAGAAUAGAAAUGAAGAUCAUUCAGCCGAAGCUCUCACAAAUAUCAUAAGUAUGUCUCGAGUGAGGUCAAUUACUAUCUUUCCACCUGCUGUUAGUAUCAUGCCAGGUCUAUCAAGGUUUGAAGUUCUGCGUGUACUUGAUCUGUCAGGCUGUCAUCUGGAAAAAAGUAGCAGCCUGCAGCUUAACCUCAAGGGUGUUGGACACUUAAUACACCUAAGGUACCUAGGUCUAGCACGUACUAAAAUUAGUGAACUCCCGGCUGAGAUAGGAAACCUGCUGUUUUUGGAGGUGUUGGACCUUGAAUGCAAUUACAAGCUACGUGAACUGCCGUCCACCUUUUGCAAGUUGAGAAGAUUAAUCUUCCUACGUGUUCAUAUGUGUGAGGUUGCUCCGGGUGUGUUGCAGAAUCUUAAAUCCAUCGAAGUGUUGUGGUAUAUCAAGACAUCUCUGAACAUUUUUGUGCAAGAGCUGGGAAACCUAGCAAUGCUUAGGGAGCUUGGUAUUUGCUUCAAGGAUGGUAGUUUGGAUUUGUAUGAAGGUUUUGUGAAGUCUCUGUGCAACCUACAGCACAUCGAAAGCCUAACUAUUUCUUCCAAUUUCAGAAAAGCAUCUUUUGAACUGAUGGAUCUCUUGGGAAAACACUGGGUGCCUCCUGUACAUCUCCGUGAAUUUCUGUCACACAUGCCUAUUCAACUAUCUACAGUGCGAGGGUUGAUAAAAAGAGACCCCUCGCAUCUCUCGAACCUCUUUGAGUUAAUCCUCCGGUCAGUCAAGGAAGUGCAGCAGGAGGACCUGGGAGUCAUUGGGGGGUUGCUAUCCCUUCGUCGUCUCUUCAUACAGACCACCCAACAAACACAACGGCUGCUAGUCAUCGAUGCGACUGGAUUCUCCUGUCUGUUACAGUUUGAGUUGAAUUGUGGAUCAGCAGCGCAGAUAGUGUUUGAACGAGGAGCUAUGCCAAGGGCGGAAGAUGUUAGGUUCAGCCUCGGCGUGCGGGUGGCGAAAGAGGAUGGUAACUGCAGAUUCGACUUGGGCGUGCGGGGAAACCUGCUCUCUCUUCGGCGGCCCGUCUAUGUUGAUGUGUAUUCUGCUUUCGAUGUGGGCGUGCGGUUCCUGCGUUAUGUCUGUUACAUGUAUUGUGGUGGAGUGACGGUUGGGGAGGCAAAGGAAGCAAAGGCUUUGGUGAGGCACGCGUAUCCUAAUCAUCGGGAUAUUGAUAUUCUUAUGAGGCCAGAUAUACUGGAAGACGCUCCUGAUGAUGAUAUCUGUGAGGAAGAAGAAGAGGAUUGA